AUGAAUAAUGUGGAUCUUCGUCACUUGAGCCAGACCGAGGACUCGAAUGAAAUAGAGGUGGGGAUCGACUUGGCCGAUUACUACAUCUCCGUCGAGUGGGACAUAUUAAAAGUGCCUGCGAAAAGAAAUGAAAAAUUUUACAGUUGUUGUGAGGAGCCCUAUCCCGAUAUAAUAUUUAACAUAACAUUACGCCGUAAAACAUUAUUCUACACCGUAAAUUUAAUCAUACCUUGUGUGGGUAUAUCGUUUUUAUCAGUGCUGGUGUUUUACUUGCCGAGUCAUAGUGGUGAAAAGGUAUCAUUGUCAAUAUCAAUAUUACUAUCAUUAACAGUAUUCUUUCUAUUGCUUGCCGAGAUAAUCCCUCCUACGUCAUUGACAGUGCCGCUUCUCGGUAAAUAUUUGUUGUUUACAAUGGUGCUGGUAACUCUGUCUGUGGUAGUGACUAUUGCCGUGUUAAAUGUUAACUUUCGUUCGCCGGUGACACAUCAUUUGCCCGGUUUACCAGUUACAAUACCACCAGUACCAGUGCCUCCAUCUGUUACAACAAUACCCAACUCGAGGUACGGCGACCUACCCAUUCCCGUAGUGGCUCCACGUUUUGAUGAGUCUGCAUUGCCGCCUAUACCGCUCCCUGGUGGUGGCGAUGAUGAACUGUUCGUACCCGCCAGUCCGGGAUACGUUCACGACGACGCCAGUCCGACGUUCGAGCGACCACUUGCCAGGGAAAUCGAAAAAACCAUUGAAGACGCACGUUUUAUUGCUCAACACGCCAAGAACAAGGACAGGUUCGAAAGUGUGGAAGAAGACUGGAAGUACGUAGCAAUGGUUCUCGACAGAAUUUUCCUUUGGUUUUUUACGAUUGCUUGUUUUUUUGGUACGGCUCUCAUUAUCCUACAGGCCCCGAGCCCGUACGACGAGACCAAACCAAUAGACAUUAUUUAUAGCAAAAUCGCCCAGAGGAAGAUGAUGCUGAAGAACAUGGGUCCCGAGGAGGAUGACUAG